AUGAACCACAUAAACGACCACCUCCCUCUCAUGAACCACAUAAACGACCACCUCCCUCUCAUGAACCACAUAAACGACCACCUCCCUCUCAUGAACCACAUAAACGACCACCUCCCUCUCAUGAACCACAUAAACGACCACCUUCCUCUCAUGAACCACAUUAACGACCACUUCCCUCUAAUGAACCACAAACAACCACUGCGCUCCCAUGAACCACAUAAACGACCACCUCCCUCUCAUGAACCACAUAAACGACCACCUCCCUCUCAUGAACCACAUAAACGACCACCUCCCUCUCAUGAACCACAUAAACGACCACCUCCCUCUCAUGAACCACAUAAACGACCACCUCCCUCUCAUGAACCACAUAAACGACCACCUCCCUCUCAUGAACCACAUAAACGACCACCUUCCUCUCAUGAACCACAUAAACGACCACCUCCCUCUCAUGAACCACAUAAACGACCACCUUCCUCUCAUGAACCACAUAAACGACCACCUCCCUCUCAUGAACCACAUAAACGACCACCUACCUCACAUGAACCAUACAAACGACCACCUACGUCGCAUGAACCAUAUAAACGACCACCUCCUUCCCAUGAACCACUUAAUGAGAGGGAGGUGAUCGUUUAUGUGGUUCAUGCGAGGAAGGUGGUCGUUUAUGUGGUUCAUGAGAGGAAGGUGGUCGUUUAUGUGGUUCAUGAGAGGGAGGUGGUCGUUUAUGUGGUUCAUGAGAGGGAGGUGGUCGUUUACUAG